GGCUGCCAUGGCGCGCAGGGAGGCGGAAGCGCGGUACUCGCGGCAGCUGUACGUGCUGGGCGAUGGGGCGCAGUGGCUGGCCCGGGCGAAGGUGCUGGUGUCGGGGCUGCGCGGGACGGGAGCUCACGUGGCGGCGAUGCUGGUGCUGGCGGGGACCGGGCGCGUCGUCCUGCACGAUGGCGGCACCGCCUGCACGGCUGACCUGGCACAGCAGUUCCUCCUGAGGGAGAGCGACAUAGGCCAGAACCGCGCUGAGGUGUCCCGGUGGGCCCUGGCUGAGCUGAACCCACAGGUGGCAGUGGUGACCUACACGGGGGAGCUGUCGGAGGACUUCCUUGCCUCCUUCGAGGUGGUGGUGCUGACCGAGUCCCUGCUGGAGGAACAGCUCCGCAUUGGAGACUUCUGCCACGCCCACGGUAUCUGCUUUAUCGUGGCUGAUGCCAAAGGGUUGGCCGGGCAGUUGUUUUGUGACUUAGGGAAGCGCUUCAUCACUGACAACCCAGAAGAAAAGGACCUGGCACUUGCUGCUGUGCAGCACAUCUCCCAGGGCAACCCAGGUGUGGUGACGUGCGUGGGGACAGAGUACAGCUAUGACCAUGACUUCUGUGAUGGUGACCUGGUGACAUUUUCUGGCGUGGAGGGGAUGACAGAGCUGAAUGGCUGUGACCCUGUCCCUGUGCGUGUGCUGGAUGGCUCCAGGCUGGAGAUUGGGGAUACCAGCUCCUUCUCACCCUACCAUCGUGGGGGCCUGGUCUCACAGGUUCGGCUGUCCCAGGCAUACUCCUACGAACCCCUGCGCCAAGCACUGAGGGAGCCCAAGAUCCCAGUGGCAAAUCCCGGGGAGCUGCCCCGCAGCCGCAGCCUGCACGUUGCCUUCCAGGCCCUGCAUGCUUUCCGCAGGGAAAGGGGCCACCUGCCCCGCCCCAGGGCACCGGCAGAUGCCGAGCGGGUGCUGGAGCUGGCACGGAGCCUGGGGACACAGCAGGGUCCCCUGGACGAGGACCUUGUACGAGCCUUCGCCAGCGUGAGCGCGGGGGACCUGUGCCCUGUGGCCGCCGUCAUCGGGGCCCUGGCGGCCCAGGAGGUGCUGAAGGCCAUCACCGGGAGGUUCCUGCCGCUGGACCAGUGGUUCUACUUCGAUGCCCUGGAGUGCCUGGCGCUGGAGGGGGCCGCGCAGCUGACGGAGGAGGAUUGUGCCCCGAGGGGCUCUCGCUACGACGGCCAGAUCGCUGUCUUCGGAGCCGCCUUCCAGGAGCGGCUGGCCAGCCAGAAGUACUUGGUGGUGGGAGCCGGCGCCAUCGGCUGCGAGCUGCUCAAGAACUUUGCCAUGAUGGGGCUGGCAGCAGGGCCAGACGGGGACCUCACUGUCACCGACAUGGACACCGUCGCUCUCUCCAACCUUCAUCGGCAGCUCCUCUACCGCUUCUCGGAUAUAUCGAUGCUGAAGUCGGUGGUGGCUGCAGCUGCCGUGCGGCGCAUGAACCCCGAUGUCAGGGUGACAGCUCACCAGAACCAAGUGGGACCUGCCACCGAGCUGCUCUAUGGGGAUCACUUCUUCCGGAGCCUGGAUGGUGUCCUUAGCGCUGUGGACACGCUGGAGGCCCGCACCUACUUGGAGAGCCGCUGCUUCCGCUGCCGCACCCCACUGCUGGAUUCGGGCACAGAGGGGCCACGGGGCAACGUGCUGGUCACGGUGCCCUUUCUGACCAAGCCGCCUGAACCAGCCAGUGCCCCUGCAGAUGGCACCUUCCCCCUCUGCACCCUGCGGUACUUCCCCCUCAACAUCCAGCAUACACUGCAGUGGGCCUGUGACGAGUUUGAGGGGCUCUUCCAGGUGCCAGCGGAGCAUGUCAACCUGUUCAUGGAAGACCCUGCUUUCCUGGAGCGUCUGCCAGCGAGGAAGGCCCUGGAGAUCCUGAAGCAGCUGCGGGAGAACCUGCAGGAGCGGCCGCAGGACUGGCAGGACUGUGUGCGCUGGGCCCGGCGGCACUGGCAGCGCCGCUACCACGAUGACAUCGCCCAGCUGCUGCACAUCUUCCCCCCGGAGCACGAAACCAGCCCAGGUGUCCCCUUCUGGUCUGGGGACAAGAACUGUCCCCAUCCUCUGACGUUCGAACCUGACAAUGACACCCACAUGGCGUACGUGGUGGCUGCUGCCCACCUUUUUGCUCUAGCACACAAGGUGCCACCAUGCAGCGACUGGGACGCUGCCCAGACCCUCCUCCACAGUAUGGUCCUGCCACCCUUUGCACCCCUGGAGGGGCUCCAGAUUCCACUCACGGAGGAGCAGGAGGAGGCACAGGCAUCCACAGACCAUAGGCAGUUGGCAGAGCUUACCCAGGACCUGAUGAAGUGGAGACAGGAUCUGGUAGGGGAUAAGGAGGUGCGAUUGCCCCUGAUGGAACCCAUCCACUUUGAUAAGGACAACAACCUCCACGUGGACUUUAUUACAGCAGCCUCCAACCUACGUGCAGAGAACUACAGCAUUCCCCCUGCUGACUGGCUGAUGACCAAGCGGAUUUCUGGGCGGAUCGUGCCUGCCAUCAUCACCACCACAGCAGCCGUGGCUGGCCUGGCGUGCCUGGAGGUCUACAAGCUGGUCUGGGGGUGCCAGGACCGCAGCUGCUACCGCAACAGUGACGUCUUCCCCUCUGGCUUCCUGCUGCUCCGCUUCCAGCCCCCGCCACCGCACACCUACAGGUACGGUGGGCAAGAGUGGAGCUGCUGGGACCAGCUGGAGAUGCGAGCAGUCGGUGCAGAUGGGCAAGAGAUGACGGUGCAGGAGGUGCUGGACUGGCUGCAGAGGACAUACAGCUGGACGGUGACCAUGCUCCUGUGGGGCCACACCCUACUGUAUGACAGGGAAGAGGAUGAGGAGACACGGACCAGACAGCUGGCACAGAGGUUAUCGGAGAUCCUAAAGGAUGCUGGGGUGCCAUGGCAGCGGGAGCUGGAGCUGACCUACGUGUGUGAGGGAGAGGAUGCUGAGGCCCAGGAAGCCAGUCCUCGUCUCAUCUGCUCCUUACCCUGAGUGAGGGGGCCCAAUCCCCCACCCCAUGCAAUAAAAGCUGCAGAUGAGCUCUGGUG